AUGGCCGGGAGAAUGCUAAAAUGGUCCCUGGAGCUAUCCGAAUUCGACAUCCAAUACGAAAGCUGGAAAGCACUAAAAGCUCAGGCACUGGCCGAUUUUGUGGUCGAGAUGACCUCGAACACCUUCUCCCCUCCUUCCGCCGAGAAUAAGUGGACCAUCUACGUAGAUGGCGCCUCAAGCAGCUCAGGAAGCGGAGCCGGCGUCAUCUUGGAAAACGAUGAAGGACUCAUCAUUGAGGUAUCCUUGGUUUUAUCCUUCACCACUUCGAACAACCAGGCCAAAUACGAGGCUUUCCUCGUCGGCCUACGACUUGCUGAGGACGUAGGCGCUCGGGAAGUAAAGAUUUACACUGACUCCCAACUCGUCGCAUCCCAAGUCAAGGGCGACUACCAGGCCAAAAACGAUGUCCUCGUCGAAUACCUCGCACUGAUCAAAGAGAAAAUGAAAAACUUUGCAAAAGAAGAAGUCGAGCACAUACCUCGAGAGCAUAAUUCCCGGGCCGACGUGCUCUCCAAACUCGCGAGCACGAGAAAGAAAGGCGGGAACAAGACAGUGAUCCAAGAAAUCCUCUCAAAACCAAGUGUGGAUAAGAGUACACCCCUGAUGCAAGUGCACGCCAUCGGCGACGAUCAUUGCUGGAUGGCCCCGAUAUAUAAUUUGCUCACAAAGGACGAACUGCCGACGGACACAAAGGAGGCCUCCAUAAUCAAAAGACGGGCCUGCUCGUACGUCAUCGUCGAGGGCAAACUAUACAGACGAGGAUUUUCCAUUCCUCUUCUCAAAUGCGUCGACGCCUCCCAUGCGCUCGAGAUACUGCAGGAACUUCACGAGGGGAUCAACGGCCAGCACCUCGGUGGCCGAUCACUGGCAAGAAAGGCUCUUAGAGCCGGAUACUAUUGGCCGACCAUGCAGCAAGAUGCCAAAGAAUAUGUCCAGAAGUGCGAUAAGUGUCAACGCCACGCCGAUAUGCACCUAGCUCCCCUGCACCAGCUUAAAUCCCUAUCAUCGCCCUGGCCAUUCUCCACUUGGGGAAUGGAUCUCCUCGGACCAUUCCCGAUAGGAUCAUACAAAAACAAGUACCUGGUGGUCUGA